ACACAGAAAUAAUCAACGUUAUGUUUAACUUUAACAAAAUUCCAACAGAUUCAUAUGCCGCAGUAGUAAUUCACAGUUAAAAACGUACGGUUAUAGCGGAAUAAUUUUCAAAAACAAAAUAAUAACAUCUUGAAAUAAAGCAAAAACCAAUUAACGCGCGCCUAAAUCAUAAACGUACAAGAAAAUAAUAAUAAGAAAAAACAUUUAACGAAAAUGACAAAAGUCGAAUUAUAUAAAUCGCGUAUAUUUGUUACGAUCAUACAUUUAUUGGCUUUAGGCCAAUUUGUAUAUGCUUUCCAUUUUCAUAAGUUUGAAACCCAAAGAAGUUAUAAAUUGAAAAAUGCAGAAGUUAAGAGAAUGGUUCCCGAUACAGUGGAGAAAAAAGUGCAGUAUUUAACAUAUUGGUGUUUGAUUAUUCAAGCUUUAUAUUAUACAAUAUCUUUAAUAAACGAUUUUGUGGGUAGCAAUGAAGUUGCUCCCAAAAAAAUGCCCUUAAUACGUAAAAUUAAAGAUUAUAUGAUGGCUACUUUCGCUUUUCCCAUUGCUUUAAAUGUUGGCAUAACAUUUUGGGGUCUAUAUGCUGUUGAUCGUGAACUAGUCUUCCCUAAAGUCUUAGAUGCUGUAUUCCCUAGCUGGUUAAAUCAUAUCAUGCAUACAAACAUUGUUGUCUUUAUUGUUUUGGAAAUGUUCAUUUCCUUCCGCGCUUAUCCACCCAGAGCUAAAGGUAUUGCUGGUCUCUCCAUUUUCAUGUUAUGCUACUUAGUAUGGUUACAUAUUGUCAAACAUUAUUCGGGUGUUUGGGUGUAUCCCGUUUUGGAAGUUUUACAAUUACCCCAACGUAUUGUUUUCUUUGUGGGCUCUCUAGUCUUCACCUUGGCUUUGUAUAUGUUUGGUGAAGUUAUGAACAAUAUUGUCUGGUCGAAGGAACUGAAGAUGGCUCAACGCAAACAUAAGUAAAUUAAAAUUUAGAUAAUAUAUCUUCAAUAUACAUACAGCCUUUUCUUCUUAUUAAGAUCUUUUUAACUAAAUCAUAACUAAACUUUUGACAAAAUCGAUAAAUAAAGUGAGACAAAAACCAAAAAGAUAAUAUUCUUAUGAUAAAACUAAAUCUAAAAUUUUUAAAAAAAGCUUUGUGACAUAACAUUUAUUACAUAUUAUAACUUAAUAUUGAAUAGGUGGUAUUUAAAUUUUAGAGCAAAACUUAAAAUAUAUAUCAAGCAGAAACUUAAAUGGCCUUUAUUUCUGAAAGGCAUUGUUUAAGCAAAAUCUAUACAUACAUAUGUUUUAAAUUAAUAAUUGUGUUGGUUCUAUAUAUAUAGUGAAUAGUAUUUAAAUUUAUUAAUUAGUAAAAAAUUUUGCAAAAUAAUACUAUAAAAUAUUUUCUUUAAUCACAAAACAAAUGAACACUCACCUUUCUCAUAUCAAAUGCACGUAAAGUUACAUGAAACACAAAAAAAUAUACUUGAUUUCGGUUUUUUUUUUCUUUCGACACAUUAAAGUAAUAAAUUAUAAAAUAAAUAUUUAAUAAAGAUUAAAAACAACACAAGCGAGAUUCAAUAAAGAAAUGAUAAACCAAAAAAACUUUAA